AUGCGCGGCCACAGGGUCGUCGUCAUCGACACGGACAUCGGCCUCCGCAACCUUGACGUAAUCAUGGGUCUGGAAAAUCGGAUUGUUUACGAUCUGGUCAACGUCAUAGAGGGCAAGUGCCGGUUGCGACAGGCCAUGAUCCAGGACAAAAACCGGUUGGAGCUUUACCUGAUUCCGGCGGCGCAGACCCGGGAUAAGGACAGCAUCACGCCCGAGCAGCUCAAAGCGCUCUGUGCUGAACUGGAAGACGAAUUCGACUACAUCCUCAUCGACUGCCCAGCCGGUAUUGAGCAGGGAUUCAAGAAUGCCGUCUCCGCAGCUGGCGAAGCUGUAAUCGUCACGACGCCUGAGGUGUCGGCCAUCCGCGACGCUGACCGGGUCAUUGGCCUACUGGAGGCCUCCGGCCUGCAUCGGCCCAAGCUAAUCAUCAACCGCAUCUCAGCAGAAAUGGUCAAACGCGGCGACAUGAUGGGCCAGAAUGAUGUCGAAUCGUUGCUGGCGGUCGAAGUCAUCGGCCUGGUUCCCGCCGACGAGCGCACCGUUGCCGCCGCCAAUCGCGGCGUCCCCGCAGUGCACGACGGGCGUUCCAGCGCCGGGGCGGCCUUCACCCGGAUAGCUGCAAGGAUCGAUGGGGAAGAAGUGCCACUGAAGGAAAUUGCCAGCCGUGCCGGCAUGUUCAACAAGCUCCGGGACAUGGUUGGUAUCAAGGGGAGGGCAUACUCCCAUGCGUGA